AUGGCCAGGCUGGGCGCGCUGCUCCUGGCCGCCGCCCUGGGCGCGCUGCUCAGCUUCGCGCUGCUGGCCGCCGCGGUCGCCAGCGACUACUGGUACAUCCUGGAGGUGGCGGACGCGGGCGGCGCGGAGCCCACGCUCUCCUCUCACUCGGGGCUCUGGCGCACCUGCGAAGGGCAGAACAGCUGCAUCCCCCUGAUUGACCCGUUCUCCAGUGAGGGCCUGGACGCUUCCCCCUCCGUGCAGCAUCUCCUCUCACUGCACCGAGCGGUCAUGGUGGUCCUGCCCCUGAGCCUUAUCCUCAUUGUGUGUGGCUGGCUCUGUGGCCUGCUCAGCUCCCUGGCCCGGAGUGUCCCUUUGCUGCUCCUCACUGGCUGCUACUUCUUGCUGGGCGGUGCCCUGACCCUGGCAGGGGUCAGCGUCUACAUCAGCUACUCUCACGUGGCCUUCGCAGAGACAGCCCGCCAGUACGGUGCGCAGCACAUGCAGGGCGUCAACAUCAGCUUUGGCUGGUCGCUGGCCCUGGCCUGGGGCUCUUGUGCCUCCGAGGCGCUCAGCGGUGUCCUCUUGCUCACAGCUGCCAGAGCCCUCAGCCUGAGCCGACGCCCUGGCGUGCCCCACUCCGUGGUCAUCUAAGCUCUGGGGGUGGCAAGAUGGUGGGGAGAGGAUUGAGCUGCUCUUGGGGCCUGCUGGAGUUCUGGUUGAGAAGGAGGCCCCCGGAGGAGUGUAUUUGGUGAAGUGCCUGGGUCCCUUUACCGUCCACUCUGGCACAGGAAAGGAGUCAGAUGGGGCCAGAGAGCCCAGGCCUCACGGGCUCUUGGUGACAUACUUGGGUGGGGAUGACUGGGGUUCUUGGGCUUUCCGGGGUAUGGCCUAUACUCCCCCCUCCCACAUCAGUCCUGCUGUGGGCUGUCGCUGCCCCUUAUCCCUAGAAGAUGAGACAGCCCUCGGCAGGGCACGGUAAGACAGAGCAGGUGUUGAUUAAACACACUGUGCUAGGCCCCAGCCUGUGGGCCCCUCUGCCAUGCAGUCCCCCAAAGCCCAGGUGGUAGUUUUCAUUGACCUCAUGUUAGAAGGGGGAAGACCACAGCACCCAGGAGCAGAGAGCCCAAUGCCCUCGCAGGUUGGCAGGACCCCUGGGCUCUUCUGUUCCCUCUCCCUGGAGAGCAGGUUGGCAGGAGGAGGCUGUGGGUGGGCAGGGGUCACAAGAGCCACCAUGAGUCUGGAUACAGCUUGCCUGGCCUUUGUUAUUAGAGCUGGUCAUCAUUUCUCGAGUGCUUCCAGGCAGAGUGGGCCUUUGGGUCUCUGUCCUUGUCCCGGCGCAGGUUGCUGCCCCUCCUGGCCUCUGACCCUUCCCUUCUGCAGUCUGGGAUUGGCUAGAACUUGCCUUGCCAUGGCUUGGACCAUACCUGGCCUGUUCCCUGCAUGGCCUGAAGGAAGGAGCUUGUCAGCCAGAGGGAUGGAGGCCAGGCCUGGGGCUCUGGCGGCAGACUUGGAGCACAGGGCAGAAGCCAUGCUAGGCGCGCACGCUGGCAGUCACUGGACCAAGGAGUGGACUUUGGCAGACGGUUCUCCAGCCAAGUUCCCUGAGUCACCUUGGGUCACACAGGAGUGGACAGGCAGGUGGUUGUAGGUUAAGGGCUGCAGAGUCUAUGCGGCACCCAAAGGCCUGGACAGCCUUUUCUAGUGCGGGCUCUUCCUGAGUUUGGGGGUAUGCUUCUUAAAGUGUGCUUCUCCCUCCUUUUAUUGACUUUGUUGAUUCUGAGGAUGUAGGAAGCUCCUGGGGACCCGCAUGGUGUAGAUGGAGCCCACCGAGGGCAAGGGGCCGGAGCUGAGGGGCUUCCCUUCCAACUCGUGUCCACUGCUGUUCCGUGUGUUACUGACAGGUGUCAUGAAUAAACUGUGGCUGUGCUGUGUGUUAUAUGCA